UUGCGAAGUCUUCUCCCCUUCCCGGCGGCAUGUGGAUUUAUUCUCCGUCCACCUCGAGCAGAGACCCCAAGAGUCCACGGGAGUAAAAAGGAAGGCAUGUCUUCCCCUGCCAAAAUGUCGAUGAUGGCGGUGGCGUUACUGGUACUGGCGGCGGCGCAUCCAGCGCGGGCGGAUUCGGCGUGCUACCCGCGGGUGUUCAGCUUUGGGGAUUCACUGGCGGACACGGGCAACUACCGCUUCGUCUACGCCGACGACUCCAGGGAGCCCGCGCUCCGGCCGCCCUACGGCGAGACCUUCUUCCACAACGCCACCGGCCGCUUCUCCAACGGCCGCCUCGUCGUCGAUUUCAUCGCGGAGGCGCUGGGCCUGCCGUUCGUGCGGCCGUACUGGAGCGGGAGUAGCGCCGAGGACUUCGCCUUCGGGGCCAACUUCGCAGUGGGCGGCGCCUCGGCGCUGAGCGCAGAAUUCUUCCGGAAGAGGGGGGUGCCCGCGGCUGACAAUGUGCACCUCGACAUGGAGAUGGGUUGGUUCCGCGAUCUACUCGACCUGCUCUGCCCCAGGGAUUUAGCCGAUUGCAUAGACAUGAUGAACAGAUCUCUCUUCUUGGUUGGAGAAAUUGGGGGCAAUGAUUACAACCUACCUCUUCUCAGUAGGGUGCCCUAUAAGACGAUUCGUGCCUUCACCCCAAGUGUUGUUGGCAAAAUUGCUUCUACUAUCGCCGAAUUGAUUGAGCUGGGUGCUCAAACGUUGGUAGUUCCCGGUAACCUUCCAAUUGGAUGCAUCCCAAUGUACCUCAUGAUGUACAAGAGUAAUAAGCCUGAAGAUUAUGAGCCAGAGACAGGUUGCAUUCGUUGGAUGAACAAGUUCUCACGGUACCACAACAAACUUCUUGUGGGUGAGUUAGAGAAAUUGAGAAAGCUUCAUCCUGGCGUGGCGAUCAUCUACGCUGAUUACUAUGGAGCUGCUAUGGAGAUCUACAGUUCCCCUGAACAAUUUGAGAUCGAGAAUCCCUUGGUGGCUUGCUGCGGUGGAGGAGAAGAACCUUAUGGUGUGUCCAGGGCUGCAGGAUGUGGACAUGGAGAAUACAAGGUCUGUUCUGACCCACAAAAGUAUGGUUCAUGGGAUGGCUUUCAUCCCACAGAAGCUGUAUAUAAAGCCAUUGCCGACGGCCUGCUAAGAGGUCCAUACACUCAGCCUGCAAUUUUCACCACCACCGGUUCAUGUCGACAACUUGCAGAGCAUGUCUCUUCUGUUGAAUACAACAAGGUUCUCUACGACUUGUAGUUCUGUAACUACGGUUAAAGAUAUGACGAUUCCUAAUUACACGCAUGUUGGGCAUGGCUUCUGUAUUUUCAAACGCUACGCUAUUCUAACCAUGCCAAACGGUACGCUACACACAGAUAUUUUAAACGGAAUAGCAGGUAAGCACACUUCCCUCACAUUACAUGCGACACAAAUAUAUGUAUUUGUAGACCAUAUGAUUUUCCCAAGAACAAGUGUGUGCUGUGUAUUUUUGUUUUUGGUGGAUGUAUAUAGAUGUUCAGUUGUGUGACAAACUGACAUUACAGAAGGAAUAUUAUAAAUGCCCGUUGCUUCGGCACAGCC